CGGUUCAGGAGUUUCGAGAUGUCCGCCGUAACCAGCCCGUAUGGCCCUACGGAGAUGCUUUCCGACUCGGUGUACAACUACGCGACUACCCGACGGGGGACCGCCGAUCAGGACAGCGACUCCCAGUACGAGGGUCAGGCCCAGCUCCAGAUCACGAGUAUCCAGAAACCACGGAACAAACGGAAGAACUUCAAGCCUAUCAGCAGCCGUAUGGUCGAGGUGUCCGACGAUUCGGAGAAAGAUGACGAGGAACUCGAGGCGAUGGAGGAGAGCUCCAGCGAGAUCCUGGAGUACGAGAGGAAGACUAUGCUGUUGCCCGCUGAAGACAGGUCGAAGCAACGACUGAACAACAACGAGGUCAGUCCCAUGGACCUGUCCGUGGCUACUAGACCGCCAUCGUCCGAGGCUGACGAUGACAGUGGGGACUCACUUAGGCACAAGUUCAUCCUAGAGCAGCUCAGGUCUCAGAAGCUCUACUCCCCUGGCACCGAGGCCAGAAGUCCAAACUCGGACUCGUCCGAGAAGAGCGACAGCGGUGUGCUGGACGCCGAGGAGUCAGGUCGUUUGGACGACACCACGCCGUUCGAGGACGAUCGGGGACAGGACGGGGAUGGGGAGGUCGACUGCGAGGAGAGGAAGCCCUUCGAGGGCAUGAGGGAGUAUGCGGAGUCCACCAUGCAGGAGCUGCUAGCGAUCUACGGGCUGGCAGGCGGGGAAUUGGCAAAGUCGGUCAGCAGACAGCUACCGCCGACCUUUCUGAACCCUGCGACCGGACAGCAGCCUCACGCGAAAGUGAAGGUGAAAGAGGAAAAGGAUGCAUCAUCGAUGGCGCCGGGUAGCCCUCCAACGCCACCGCACACCCCUCAGAGUCCGCCCCGUCACAAUCCACCCCCGAGCAACAACCUGUCGCAGUCCUGUCAGACCUCGAACACGAAUUCGCCGAGCCUACAGCAACAACAACAACACCACCAACAACAACAACACCCUGAACAACAGCAACAGCAGCAUCACCACCAUCAUCACAAUCAACCACAGACGCAACAGUCUGCCCACGCGAUGGCGAGCUCGCCUCUGAAUCAGAUUCUGGUCCAGAACCCGGCGCUGGCCCAGCUGCUGCAACAGAACCCGGCGAUCCUAACCCAGAACCCGCAGCUCGCGCAACUGUUGCAGCAGAAUCUUCAGGUUCAGAUGGGCAGCGUCCUCUUCCAGAACGUCCGGAGGGAGGAGCCCGAGGAGUCGAGGGUACCGCCGACAAUAGCGAGCCUGGCGGCGAUGAAGGUGGAGGCAGCUGACCCGAAGGUUUCCGCCUUACUGAGACAAAGCAUGUCGCCGGUCGCGGACACCUUGAUCGGUAGCUCGAAAAGCUCGGUGUCCCAGCCGAUAAUCGAUUACUCCCGAUACGUGAGGCGGUACACGUCCGGCCAGGAGUGUGGUAGCUCGUACUGCAAGGAGCUCGGUUGUCGCGAGCAUUUUCACUGUCUGGACUGCAGCGGUAGGGUGUUCGUGAAAAAGGAGGAGAUGAUCAGGCAUUUCAAGUGGCACAAAAAGCGGGACGAAUCUUUGCAGCACGGUUUCAUGAGGUAUUCGCCGACAGACGACUGCUCGGAACGACAUCCGGGCCGUGCCUGUCCCCACAAUCGAAAACAGACCCAUUACCAUUGCAUCCACGAGAACUGCGACAAGGUUUACAUAUCCACGUCGGACGUGCAGAUGCACGCGAACUACCAUCGCAAGGAUUCGGCCAUUAUACAAGAGGGUUUCCAGCGAUUUCGUGCCACAGAGAGUUGCGCUACCGAUCACUGUCCCUUCGUUGGUCAACGGACCACGCACUUCCACUGCCGGCGAGCCGGUUGUCGGUUCACCUUCAAGAACAAGGCUGACAUGGACAAACACAAGUCCUACCACAUCAAAGACGAACAGCUCUCCCGAGACGGUUUCAAGAAGUUCAUGAAAUCCGAGGCCUGCCCCUUCGAACAGUGCCGUUUCUCUCGCGUCUGCAACCACAUUCACUGCAUAAGACCACACUGUAGUUACGUCCUCCAUUCAUCUGGUCAGCUGUUCUCCCACAAACGGAAACACGAACGCCACGAGUCCGAGUUAGCCUACAGGAAGUACAAGCAGAUCAGUUCCGUAGGCGGAGUCAGACCAACAGGCUCUUGGCCACCCGACGACCUCAGUGGUCAAAGCCUUUCGCUGAGCUUGAACGGCGAAAGCUCGAACGAGGGCAGAGGAUCUCCGUCCUACUACUCACUAGACGACUCCUUUCAAAGUGGUAGCGAUCUAGCGAUGGAUCUCACCGCCCCAACCACCACCACUGCAGUCUCUGCGAGUGGAAGCUCCACGGUGACGGUCGAGCAACAGCAACAACAGCAUCAGCAGCAGCAUCAACAACAGAACCAGUUGACCGCCACAGAAUUAGCCUACCUGGUACCAGCUAACGCCGACUGUCCCUGUCACCUGGCCAGGGACCAUCAUCACUGCGGCCUGGAUCGUUGUGGCGCCGCUUUAAGAGACCCUCGUGAGGUCCGAGAACAUCUCAGGGAGCACGAAACUCAAGAACGCAUCACCGAUGCCUUUUUCGAAGAAGGCGGCUGCGACGACAAUUGCCCGUACGCGGAGAAAGAGAAGCACUACCAUUGCAACUGGGAGAACUGUCGCGAGGUGAUUCUGUCCACCGACAAACCGUUCCGUCGUCUUCAACAUUACAAGAUCCACGAGUACAGCAGACAGCUGAACCUUUCCUGCUCUCCCCACGCCCUCUCCUCCGACGUGACGUUAACCCAUCUGACCAAUAUCGACGCGAUGUUCAGGCGGAAGCGAGGCAGACCACCGAAGAACCGUGUGAUCGAGAUCUGGUCGGGUGGCGAUCCCACCACCCACACGCAUGAUUCUCCCCAGGCUAUCUUCACCAGUUUCAAGCUACCCAAACCUCAGACCCCAACUCUGUCCAGUAAUCCACUAACGGAGGAUCGAGAAGGAAGCAUCUCCCCGUCGAACAGCCUUGGCGAACCGGAAGGAUUCUCCAGCUACAACCAAGACGGAUGCCCUGACCCAGCCUGCGUGCUCAGGUCCACGAGACACCAUCACUGCUCCCAGUCCAGGUGUCACUUCUCCACCGACCGACCGGACCAAUUGCUGAUGCACAGCAAGGACUUUCACGAUAACGUCGACAUACCGCCUGGUUUCGCGUUUUUCGACAAAAUGGUGGAUUGCAGGCUACCGGGCUGCCAUAGCAAUCGUGUUAAUCGACACUUCCACUGCACAAGGCCGAAUUGCGGCUACUCGUUCGUCAGAUACUCGACCAUGACUUUCCACGAGAAGCAACACACCGAUCAGAUUGAACUUGUCGGUCAUGAAUCCACGUUGGUUCAGGAGUGUCAGGCACAGAUUCAGCCGGUGGUUCAUGAGGCUAAACCACGGAUCCACGUGAAGAAUCCCGCGGAGUUGAUCGAGAAACCGGAUGAAUGCUUGACAGUGCAGGAUCUGGAGAACAGGGCGAUGAUGGAGGAAAAGGAAACGGAGAUUCCCAGUCCUGAUGCAAGCAAGACCACCGUGGUGAGGGCGGCAGGCACCUAUUAUCCGGUCAGUGGACCGCCGAGUGAACCUGCACUUCCGGGCGUCGUGCUAUCCAUGCGAACUUCCGUGCAUCAAGAGUCCCCGGUUCUACCAUCCACCAGUUCAGCCUCGCCCCACACGCUCUACGGGCCGGAGCAGAGCUGCAGCCGCCCCUUUUGCAAGCUGAAACGGAAGAACCACUACCACUGCAACGCUUGCAAUCAGGCGUUCUCCGAAUUAGACCGUUUGGUGGCUCACAUAGCGAAGCACUCGACCGGCGCGAUACUGAGCCAGCAGCAGCACGAUCUGGCGAACCAGGUGCCGAAUCAGCUGCAGCACGACUACCUGACCCAGUUGUCUCAGAAACACGACUUCAUGGCGCAGAACGCCCAGAUGGCCCAGAAUAUACAGAACUUCCAGACCCAGAUGCAGCGUCAGAUGCAGCAGACACUGGGCCAGAUGAACCAACAGACCCAGAGCAAGGAGGUGAAGAUAGAGCCCGUGAGAUGUGUCUCUGACGUUGCUGUACAGAACCUCCCAAAUGUAAAAAGAGAGCCCAGCGAGAUAUCCAGGGACGAGGGGAACCAUUCCGUGAUAGAUACCAACGAGAACGGACAAUUGUCCCUGCCCAGUCUUCCCCCGACCGUCCAACAAUCCCCAGUCCCGACAACCUUCGAGCUGGACCUAAGUCACGGCUUUCAUUUCACCAGCCCGGCCGUGAUGGCCGCCAUGAAUCAACAGAUCGCUCUGAUGAACCAGGCGUUGCCACCUUUCCUUCAACACGGUGGCAUGUACACAGGUGCACCUGGACUGAUGUUCGCACCUGGUCUACCGCCAGCGAACUUUCUACCUCCCGCCAGGGACGAGAACCCCUUAGCCUCGCUGGCGGCGAAUCUGAACCUGAACAAGAGGUCCUUAUCCCCGCCCGAUAGCAACUCCCCUGAAGCAAAGAAGCAAAGGCUGCAUCAUUCGAUGAGGAUGCUGAAGGACGAGCCUGUACCCGAAGGAUACGUCAGGUUCCGCUUCAAUGAAGACUGCAGGUACACCCACUGCGGCUACCGGGAGCACCAGACCCAUUUCCACUGCAUGCGUCAGGAUUGUGGCUACUCGUUCUGCGACAAGACCCGUUUCGUCCAACACACCGCCAGGCACGAGCGUCUGGACACCCUAAUGGGCGGUGAUUUCCAACAAUACAGAGCGAACGUGCCCUGCGGUAGGGCCCAAUGCGCGUACACUUCGUCGUUGGGCAUGAUGCAGAACAAGGCGUCGCACUUCCACUGUCUAAAGUGUGACUUUGUCUGCACGGAUACAAACAAGGUGGUCGCUCAUCGACGUCAACACGCGAAAUUGGACAGCAUAGCAGCCGCUGGCUUCCAGAAGUUCACACCCAGUCAGCCUUGUGGAGGUAUCCAGUGUCAGCAUUCGGGGAAACAGACCCACUAUCACUGUCUACAAUGUCAAUACGCUGUGCUUGGCCUGGCGCAGAUGUCAGCCCAUAAAUACAGGCACAUGGACUCCUAA